GGGAAUCCCAACUCAACUCAACGUCUUUGGCCUACAAACGUGGAAAUUAAUGAAAAUUCAGGGAAUGAGAAAACAGAGUAACUGACUAUGGUUUGAUUUUAACUACAUUUCCUUUAACUAAGAAUUAAAAACGGCAAUCAUUGUAGAACAUGGAUGCCACCAAGGCCAAAACAGUUGACAACAUAACAACUCUCAUUGUAUAUAACACCCCUUCCUCCUACCUACAAAACAUCCUCAAAUCUCCAACACAACAUCAAAAUGAGGCACUGCAUUUCAACACGUUGUUUUUUAACACUAGCUUUGUUUCUGUUGCUAAUCACAAGCAGCCAUGGUAUUGUUGUGCCAACCCAAAACCAACCGAGAAGCUUUGCAAACCAAUUUCUGAUACCCCAGAAUGCAGCACGUGCGUCGGUGAGGCAGCGUCCCUUGGUGUGGGACUACAAACUGGUACGGUACGCCCAGUGGUACGCAAACCAGAGGCGCAGUGAUUGUGCGCUGGAGCAUUCGAAUGGACCUUAUGGUGAGAACAUAUUCUGGGGGAGUGGGACGGGGUGGAAGCCAGCACAAGCUGUUAGUGCAUGGGUUGAAGAGCGUCAAUGGUACAAUUAUUGGCACAAUUCUUGUGCGGAUGGAGAGAUGUGUGGACAUUAUACUCAGAUUGUGUGGAACACUACUAGGAAGGUUGGUUGUGCUAGCGUUGUUUGCUCUGGAGGGAAGGGCACCUUCAUGACCUGCAACUACGACCCUCCUGGUAACUACUAUGGAGAAAAACCUUACUGAAUUUCUCUAAUUAUAACCACUCAGACAACACAAUAAUGUAUUAGGAUCCUCUGCCAUCUGUUUCCCAUGUGCCUUUAAUUCUUCCUCUGUCUCUUGUCUUCAAUCCUCUAGCUACUCUGUAUCCUUGUUUUUAUUGCUUGUCUAAUAUCAACACUAAAUAUCUAAUAGGAA